ACGAGCGUCGAGAAUGUGUAUAUAAGCUCUCUGAAUUCCCUCGAAACUCAGAGUUGUAAUCACCAUCGCAGACCAUCAAACUUCAGUCUUCAGUUUCUACAGCUCUCUUCAGCCCUCUUCAGCUCACUACAGACAUUCUCUACCUCUUCAGGUCCGACUCCCUUACGACAUCCAAAAUGCAGUUCAGCACUAUCACCAUGCUCGCUUUGGCCGCGGUUGCCACUGCUGCCCCUGCCGACAUUGUCGAGGCCCGUACCGGUGGCACAGGCACAGGCGCCUGCUCCAGCACCAACAAGCCGAACCAGAUCUGCUGUACUAGCCUCGCUCUGAAUUGCGUUCUUGCCUUAGGCAACACCUGUGGUAGCGAAGCGUACUGCUGCAACGACAGUGUUCUCAAUGGUAGCGGUGGCCUUAUCAACCUCAACCUCAACCUUCUCAACUGCGUCAAGGUCCUUUAAGUGAAAUUCAACGAAUAUGCUAAGGACAAGUGGGGGACAACAACAAGUGGAGGGCUUGAACUAAGAAAGGGAUGAUGAGAGAGACUCUCUCAUGAGUAUUUGAUUUUGAUUCAAUAUGUCACGGCCUGACUACACUCGUUUAGAUUUGAAAUACUACAAUUUGCUAUUUUGA